ACCCGAAACAAAAGCACUAAAUGUGGAAAAAUAAUAAAAAAAAUAAUAAAAUUCGUCAGGAAUAGAAUAGAAAGGAGGUGGAAUCAUUGUUCGUCUUUUGUGUGUCUGUAAAUCGAAAUUGCAAUUUCCAUUUAAAAAAACUCAAAACCCUAACUUCUUCACCAUCUUCUUCAUCUUCAUCAUCGUUAUUAUGAUAAUUGAUUGACACAGAAAGCCUAAGAAUCGAAUCGAAUACGAAAUUGUUAUUAUGUACAGAGAGCGAGGAGGCGUUGGAUCCAAAGCCGAGGUUGCUUCCGUUGAUCGGAAACGAAUCAACGACGUCCUCGAUAAACAACUCGAACGAUCCUCGCCGUCCACUUCCAGAACCAUCAACGGUAAAGAUAGGUCCUCCUCUUCCUCUCUCUUAACCGCUAAGGAUCAUAGGGACCCUCGCUCCGGUUCCGCCACUAUUCCGAAAAAUCCUAACGCUUCCGAUGAUGCAUUGGCUGCAGAGGAAUCUGAAACGGAUAGUGAAGAGUCUGAUGUUAGUGGUUCCGAUGGGGAUGACACGUCUUGGAUCUCAUGGUUUUGCAAUUUGAGAGGAAAUGAAUUUUUUUGUGAGGUUGACGAUGAUUACAUUCAAGACGAUUUCAAUCUGUGUGGUUUGAGCAGUCAAGUGCCUUAUUAUGAUUAUGCUCUUGAUUUAAUUUUGGAUGUUGAAUCCUCUCAUGGUGACAUGUUUACUGAGGAACAAAAUGAGUUAAUUGAAUCAGCAGCAGAGAUGCUUUAUGGUAUGAUUCAUGCCCGGUAUAUAUUGACCAGCAAAGGAAUGGCUGCCAUGCUGGACAAGUACAAGAACUAUGACUUUGGCAGAUGCCCAAGAGUUUAUUGCUCCGGACAACCUUGCCUUCCAGUUGGUCAGUCCGACAUUCCUAGGUCUAGCACUGUGAAGAUAUAUUGCCCAAGAUGUGAAGACAUUUACUAUCCUCGGUCCAAGUAUCAAGGCAACAUUGAUGGAGCUUAUUUUGGUACUACGUUUCCCCACCUGUUCCUGAUGACUUACGGACAACUGAAGCCCCAGAAACCAUCACAGAACUAUGUUCCGAGAGUUUUUGGAUUCAAACUGCACAAGCCAUGAAGCUGAAGGUUUAAGAACGUGUUGUAAAGAACAUUGAAGACUUUGUGCAAAUUCUAUGUUUCAAUUUUGGCUUCAAACUUCAACAAGCUUCAAGUUCAACGAGCAAGUGGUUAGGUACUUCAGUGCACUCUUAAUUGGUUAUAGCAAAUUGUAUUCUUGCUCUCAGUCGCACUUAAUCUUGUUUAUGAUUAUCUCAGAUAACAGAUGGCCUGCUAUUUUAUAUUGUUUUAUUCCAUUUCCUCCCCCCCUGCAUUAACAGUAGCGUUUAAAUUUGAAUUUGUGGAUUGGACAUUGUUUGGUUCACACAUUUUAGUCUGAUUUUAUAAUUCAAGUGCUAUACUGUUGUCUGUCCA